CUCGCUCGCUCGCUUGAUCGAUCGAUUGCUCGAGCGCUCGUGCGGUCGGCGUCCCGAGGCCCCGAAGGAAGCGAGCUAUGGAAGACCACUAUCGCUGCGAUUGGGAGAAUUUCCGCCGCUGAGGACCGUGAGGGAGCGAGGAUUUGAGAGAGCGAUUGCGCCGAGGCGAGAAGAGGCGCGGCGGUGCGAGGGUCGAGAGGCCGCAAGGCGCCGGAGGAUUUGCUGGCUCCUUCGAGGGGCUGAGCCGCGUGAUGGGAAUGGGAUUGAAGAUUGACGAGGAGGAAGAAAGUAUGGAUCUGCUGGUGGAGAGUAUGCGGAAUACGUACGCCGACACCGUCAGGGAGGCCCUGAAGGAUUAUGAGUUUAGUUUUGUGAUUAGCGAUCCGCGUCUGCCUGACAAUCCUAUCGUGUACGCGAGCGAGGGGUUUUUCAAGAUGACCGGGUACUCUCGGGACGAGGUCGUUGGGCAUAAUUGUCGAUUUUUGCAGGGUCCUGACACCGACCGCCGGACGGUGCUCGAAUUGAGAGAUGCCAUUCGUGAAGAACGACAAGCUCAAGUGCGGAUUUUGAAUUACACUAAAGACGGAAGGCCAUUCUGGAAUCUGUUUCACUUAGCCCCCGUGUUUUCCAAAGCAGAUGGAACCGUCAUCCAUUUUGUUGGAGUCCAAACUCCCAUUUCUCCCCAGUUAGCUUCCACGGAUAAUAUUCCUAGUUGUUUAGUGUCCUCGCAAACUCUCCUUCCUCAAAAGCUCUCCCUAGUAGUUGGCAGCCACGUAGAAAAUGAUGCCGUCUCUGAGCCGCUAUUGAUUACUCCGAAGACUGUGUCGAAUUGUCUUUCAGAGAGCUUCAAGCAACUAUCGGCGAAUGGUCCGUCAGCUGCCGAAGACUCCAAAGGCAAUUCCCAAGGGACGGAGGAAGUGAAGGCAACGGAUGCCGUGAAGUGCCUUGUAUCUCAGCUGGUAGCGUCCAGUAAAGGGAAGGAAGGAGUAGAUGAGAAGCGGUGUAAACAGCUGUCUGAGUGCCCAGCUGAAGGAGUUGUGAAUUCGUCCUUGAUGCUGUCGCUGACUCGAAUUCAGCAGAGUUUUGUGUUGGCUGAUCCGAAUCUUCCAGACAUGCCGAUCGUUCAUGCAAGUGAUCUUUUCCUACAUCUGACUGGGUACAGUCGAGAGGAGGUCGUUGGACGAAAUUGCAGGUUCUUGCAAGGUCCUGAUACUGAUCCAGCCGCAGUAGAGCAGAUUCGCGAGAGUAUCAGACAGGAUAAACCUUGUUCAGUACGAAUUCUGAACUACAGGAAGGACAGGCGACCAUUUUGGAACUUGUUGCACCUUUCUCCAGUAAGAAGUUGUGGAGGCAAGGUGGCCUUCUAUGUUGGAGUGCAACUUCAAGUCAUGGCUGCAGAUGAGGAGGUGGAAGAAGGUAGUGGUUUGAGUGCACAGAUGAAGCAACUGAGCGCGGUUGGAGCGAUCAGAGUAGCUGUGCGUAGUUUGCAGGGUGGAGGCUUACGGCGCUGUGCGGGUUCUAGCUCGUAGAAAUUUUGAAGACAAGGGAAUGAUUUUCCAGUACACAAGUUACCUUCGCAUACAAAUGACGGUUGCUGCCGACGUUGGAAAAUUGGAGUAACCACCAGUGGGAUGUGUUCUGAGUGAAGCUUCGUUAUGUCAAAACAGGCUCUGUUCUGGAGACUUCACUUAUGUGUGUUGUACGGGACUUGUGUAGCCAGCUCUCACCGUUCUAAUUUUCGAUCAGAAUGAGUAUCCCGACGAAGACAGUAGAGAUUGUGGAACUUUUCCACCAGCAGAACUGCCCGUAAUUGUUCAUUGUCAUGCAGAUGUGAUACUUUCUUCUAAAUCAGGGAGAAAGGAGACCAAUGGAAGGAAGGAAUGUUGGGAAGGAAGGGUACUUUACCUCAAGUACGAGGUUGUAAAAUCAAACCUCGGAUAGAUAGAAGGGAAAUUUGAUUGGAAGUCAAAGUAUUUAUACGUAGUCUGGAUUGCUUGUAAUUCCCAACACCUUGUUGGCGCUUUCUGGACGCACAGAACGCAGUAGAAGUUGUACCACUGUACUACUUCCUGUACGUGAUGAGGUUCGGCCUUAGCUUGUAUAUCUAUGUUAUCUGUUAGGUUUCACCUAGAUUAUAUAGGUGGUCAUUCAGAGUAGCCUUUAGAGGUUUGUCUACUGUAUUAAAUGUAAAAUGGGAACUUCAACUUAGUUUCAUAGUUACAGGUUUUAGAGAGAGGGAUGGUAGAUCGCGAAUUCUAAUUCAUUUAGGCAUCAAAUCUUGACAAAUUAGUGUAAUAUGACUCUCGUCCGUCUUUUGAAUCAAAUGGCCUGCUCAUUCUUCGAACCCU